AUGGCGGACGAGAACCCCGAACUCCAGGCCGCUUUGCGGGAUCUUGAUCGAGAACUUGAGGAUGGUGAUAUCACGGAGAAGGGUUACCAGAAACGCCGUACCCUUCUGCUCUCCCAAUUCUUUGGACCGAACAGGGCUCUGGAUGUCAAUGCCGCCAGUACAAUGGAUCCAUCUCGGUCACUAACGAGCUCAAACAAUGUCCCACCGGCAAUCCUGAGUGUCCGACCUCCGACGGCCGAUUCAAACCAUGGUGCAUCCCCGCAGCCUUUCGCAGCUGGAUAUGAGAAUAUCCAAGGCAACGGAAGCUUCGGAUAUGACCGAAGAAUCAGCGGCGAUACACAAAAUUCCAUGGUAAGAGAAAGUCUUUCGUUACAACAACUGGAUCGAAUGCCGUCGUCGGCUUCGUACGAUUCUCUUUUCCUUCCAAAGCCCCCUCCCGGCCCCGGCGGAGCGCAAGAAGACUCGAGGACAGCAACAUUGUUGAGCCAAAAUUACGCGUUCAACCCCGGCGCGCCUCAGGAGCACUUUGAGGAUCCGACUGGCGGCUAUGAAGUAACUCCUAGCGCGCCUACGCGACAGUCAACUAUGCUUGAUUCACAGCAGGGUUACUUCUCCGACUUUGCAGGCCAACAGCAAGAUGACUACAGAGAUAGUUAUGGUGGUGGAGGGUUUCAUCGGUACUCGCAGUCCGAUGCUUUCUCUCCCACUGCUAACAUGGCGCCGCCUUUGAUUCCCGCGUCUGAGCUCCAUGGCCCGGCGAUCGAGCACCUUCUCCCGCUGGAGCCUCGUGAUAUUCCUUUUGCAGUAAAUGAUCCUCACGACAAGAAUACGCCAAUGUCCAACUUUGACAAUAUCCCAACUGUUCUUCGGCAUCGCGCUCGUGUCCAUUCGAAACAAGCUGCUUAUUGGGUGUUGGAUCAGAAGGGAAAGGAAAUCGCCUCGAUAACAUGGGAGAAGCUCGCGAGUCGUGCGGAGAAGGUCGCUCAAGUCAUCCGCGACAAGAGCAACUUGUAUAGGGGUGACCGUGUCGCUUUGAUCUACCGCGAUUCCGAGAUCAUCGAGUUCGCUGUUGCGCUCAUGGGCUGCUUUAUUGCGGGCGUUGUUGCCGUACCCAUUAACAGCCUGGAAGACUAUCAGAGCCUGAACCUGGUUCUUACUUCGACCCAGGCACAUCUUGCUUUGACAACGGAAAACAAUUUGAAGAACUUCCAGCGGGAUAUCACUACGCAGAAGCUCAGCUGGCCAAGGGGAGUUGAGUGGUGGAAGACUAAUGAAUUUGGGAGCUACCACCCGAAGAAGAAAGAUGACACGCCACCACUCGUCGUCCCAGAUCUGGCUUAUAUUGAGUUUUCUCGAGCGCCUACUGGGGAUCUGCGUGGUGUAGUCAUGAGCCACCGGACAAUUAUGCACCAAAUGGCUUGCUUGAGCGCUAUUAUCUCAAAUGUGCCGACAUCUCCUCGCAACGUACGGCCUCACGGAGAGACUCUUAUCAGUUAUCUCGAUCCAAGACAGGGUAUUGGUAUGAUCUUGGGGGUCUUGCUCACCGUGUAUGGCGGCCAUACGACUGUCUGGAUUGAGGAUCGCACUGUUGAGACCCCUGGUCUCUAUGCUCAUCUUAUCACAAAGUACCGCGCCACGCUUAUGGCUGCGGACUACCCUGGCCUGAAGAUAGCUGCCUACAAUUACCAGCAAGAUCCGAUGUCGACACGGCAUUACAAGAAGAAUACCGAACCCAAUUUCGGCAGUGUGAAGCUCUGUCUCAUCGACACGUUGACUGUUGACGCAGAGUUCCACGAAAUCCUCGCAGACAGGUGGCUCAGACCAAUGAGGAACCCAAGGGCUCGAGAGAUCGUUGCUCCCAUGCUAUGCUUGCCUGAGCACGGUGGUAUGGUGAUCAGUGUCAGAGACUGGCUAGGUGGUGAAGAGCGCAUGGGCUGUCCUCUAACACACGAAAUGGAUCCGAACAAUGAACGACGCGACUCUAAAAAGGAGGAAAGACAGGCUGGAAAGACAAACGAUGGAUUCGGAAGUAGUCUGCUGGGCGGUGCGCCAGCACCCGCUCCUAAAGAGCAGAAGCAGAACGAGCUCGGUGAGGUCCUUCUUGAUAAGGAGGCCUUGAAGAGCAACGAAGUUGUAGUCUUGGCUAUGGGCGAAGACGCCCGUAGGUUUGCUGGGACUAUGCCAAAUGCCGUUCGUGUUGGUGCUUUUGGCUACCCUAUUCCGGACGCCACGCUCGCUGUUGUCGACCCGGAAACCAACUUGCUGUGCACCUCCAACGUGAUCGGCGAAAUUUGGGUUGAUUCUCCGUCUCUCUCUGGUGGCUUUUGGGCUUUACCCAAACACACGGAAGCCAUUUUCCACGCACGUCCUUAUAGGUUUGAAGAGGGCAAUCCAACUCCUGUGCUGGUGGAACCUGAGUUCUUGCGGACUGGUCUACUCGGCUGUGUUAUUGAAGGCAAGGUCUUCAUCCUGGGUCUGUAUGAGGACCGCCUGCGCCAGAAGGUGGAAUGGGUUGAGCAUGGACAGGAGAUUGUUGAACAUCGGUACUUCUUCGUUCAGCAUAUGAUCGUGACCCUUCUGAAGAAUCUGCCGAAGAUUCAUGAUUGUACCGCCUUUGAUGUCUUCGUUAACGAUGAACAUCUUCCGAUCGUCGUUCUCGAGUCGUACGCCGCAUCCACAGCACCGACAACGUCUGGUGGACCGCCGAGACAAUUGGACUCUGCUCUUCUUGAGUCCCUGGCCGAGAGAUGUAUGGAAGUGCUUUACCAAGAGCACCAUUUGCGCGUGUAUUGUGUGUUGCUAACGGCACCCAACACUCUACCCCGCGUGACGAAGAACGGGAGGCAAGAGAUCGGCAAUAUGCUUUGUCGCAAGGAUUUUGAUGCUGGGAAUCUCCCUUGUGUCCACGUUAAAUUCGGGGUGGAGAGGUCAGUUAUGAAUCUCCCUAUCGGUGUCGAUCCUGUUGGCGGAAUCUGGUCCCCACUUUCCUUAAUGUCGAGACAGGAGAUGGUCGGCAUGCAAGAGAAACAGUACUCUGGUGUCGAUUACCGUGAUGUCAUCAUGGACGACCGGACAUCUACACCAUUGAACAACUUCAAUACCAUUGUCGACCUCCUACAGUGGCGGGUUUCCCGGCAGGCCGAAGAAUUGGCUUACUGCUCCAUUGAUGGUCGAGGAAAGGAAGGAAAGGGCAUUACCUGGAAGAAGUUCGAUCUAAAGGUUGCUGCUGUAGCGACUUACCUGCGCAACAAGGUAAAGGUGCGCCCCGGUGACCAUUUGGUUUUAAUGUACACGCACUCGGAGGACUACGUCUAUGCUGUGCAUGCUUGCUUCUGCCUUGGUGUGGUUGCCAUUCCUCUUGCGCCGAUUGAUCAGAACCGGCUUUCGGAAGAUGCGCCAGCGUUCCUCCACAUUAUUAGCGAUUUUCACGUGAAGGCAAUCAUCGUCAACAGCGAUGUCGAUCAUGUUAUGAGGCAGAAGGUUGUGUCCCAGCAUAUUAAGCAGUCCGCGCAAGUCCUUCGGAUAGGCGUUCCUGCUAUAUACAACACCAGCAAGCCCUCUAAACAGUCACACGGUUGCCGUGACCUUGGCUUCACUGUGAAGGAGACUUGGCUGAGCGGGAACCAGCCCGCCAUGGUCUGGACAUACUGGACUCCCGACCAAAGGAGAAUCUCUGUCCAUCUUGGCCAUGACACGAUCAUGGGCAUGUGCAAAGUACAGAAGGAGACAUGCCAGAUGACCAGUUCGAGACCCGUUCUCGGCAGCGUACGCAGUACUCUGGGUCUCGGAUUCCUUCACACUUGCUUGAUGGGCAUUUAUGUUGGAGCGCCAACAUACCUCGUGUCGCCUGUUGACUUCGCACAAAAUCCCAUGACUCUGUUCCUCACUCUGUCGCGGUAUAAGAUCAAGGAUACAUAUGCUACGAGUCAGAUGCUGGACUACGCAAUGACUGCAUUGGCAGCGAAGGGAUUCCAGUUACAAGAGUUGAAGAACCUGAUGAUAUCUGCGGAAGGAAGACCACGUGUCGAUAUUUCGAUCAACAUCGUGUACUCACAUGUACUCAACCCUAUGGUUGUUACAAGGUCGUACAUGUGCAUCGAACCGGUUGAGCUAUGGCUUGACCUUCGUGCUUUGCGCCGUGGACUUAUCGUUCCCGUGGACCUGGAUUCAGAUCCCAGUGCCCUCCUUGUCCAGGACUCCGGCAUGGUGCCCGUGAACACGCAGAUUGCGAUCGUGAACCCUGAGACGUGCACUUUGGCCCACGUUGGUGAAUAUGGAGAGAUUUGGAUCCAGUCAGAUGCUUGCGCCAAGGCUUUCUACGGCUCUAAGCAAGACUUUGACCAGGAACGAUUCAACGGUCGAAUUGUGGACGGCGACCCUAAUGUGGCCUACGUGCGUACUGGCGAUCUGGGCUUCCUCCACACCGUUACGCGCCCCAUUGGCCCGGGAGGUCAACCAGUGGAGAUGCAAGUUCUCUUCGUUCUCGGAAGCAUUGGCGAAACAUUUGAGGUCAACGGAUUAAACCACUUCCCUAUGGACAUUGAAAACUCUGUUGAGAGAUGUCACCGUAAUAUUGUCGCUGGUGGAUGCGCUGUCUUCCAAGCCGGUGGUCUGAUUGUGGUCGUGGUCGAGGUGACAAGAAAGGCUUAUCUGGCGUCCAUCGUACCUGUCAUUGUCAAUGCUGUCCUUAACGAGCACCAGGUCGUCGCAGACAUCGUCGCGUUUGUCUCCCACGGCGACUUCCCCCGAUCCCGUCUGGGCGAGAAGCAACGUGGUAAGGUGCUCGCAUCCUGGGUUACCCGCAAGCUCCGGACAAUCGCGCAGUUCAGCAUUCGUGAUAUGGAAGGUGCCGAAAACCAGUUCGCCGAGGCCCCCGCGCCCCAGCAUCGAGUCAGCCGAAGCUCCAAGCCAGGAAGCAUAAUGGGUAACAGCACGCGCCGCUCAACCGUUGUCCCGGAUACUGAGGCUGCGCCUCGGUCUCCGGCCCCAGUCCUGGUUGAACACCCCGAAGCACCGGGCGGUACCUAUCAACCCACACCGGGAGAUGGUGCUCCCCUUACCAGUCCUACUGGUUCAAUGCCGUCGGUGCCACAGAUCGCUGAACCACGACCGGCCACGUCAUCUACCAGUGGAAACACCCCUGUGCGGAGCGACGCUCCUGCAAACCCUGGAAAUCCUGAUCUUGGAUUCGAUUUUGGCGAUUUCGCCAACACCGCGACGACCGCUUCUCAUGGGGACAACAGCGUCCCUGCUACCGCGGCGGAGCUCCCAUACCGGCCUGCCACCGGCCAUGACUCCACCUACAGCCAGCAGCCGUACGCCAACUACCCAGACGGCGCUGUGGCUGGAUAUCACGACGUCGUCGCGGACGGCGGCGAUUGGCCACAGGAAGCUCUCAUGUACCAAUCUGCCAUGGCCGAUGACGGACAGGCCUCAGGCGGAAUUCAGCGAAAGCCAGCGCCACAGCUGUAA